CCACAAUAAUAAUAAAGAAAAAGGGCCCGAGAGAGAGAGAGAGAGAGAGAGAGAGAGAGAGAGAGAGAGCCUCGCCCCGUCCGGCCGGAGAGAGGCGCGCAGGCGCGCGUCCGGACGGGGAAAUGGGGGAGGGAGGAAGGAGGAGAAAGAGGAGGCGCGUGACGUCAGCGCGUGAGGUCACCUCUGGCGCCCGAUGACGCGCCGCUGACGCGCCGCGCCUCCGCCACGGGGCCCGGACCGUCGCCGUUGUUGCUAUGGCGACCCCGCCCGCCGGGUCAAGGGGUCACGGCGCGGCCUGGGACUUUCAGGAAAGGCAAAAGUCAAAUCAACGGACCGAAAGCACACAAUUUAUCGCUCCAGGCUGGGAUUCAAAACGGCUCUCCAGUUCCCACAAAUGCAAAUUGGAGGGAUUCUCCAGCGUCUGAAUUUUGAUCCCGUGGAUCCCCGAGGAUGCUGCGACGGUCGCGGGGGUGGAAAAACGGUCCUCGGUUCCCAGCGGCGGCGCCCUGGUCGUCCCUGUGAGCAGUCGCGCGGCGGCGGCGGCGACGACGUCGUGAGUCGAGGCCCCGCAGGCUAAGACGAUUUGUCCGCCCUCGGAAAGUCCCCGUUCGCGUCUCUCCGCCGGGACGGUGAGCCGGGAGGGCGUGACUUGGCCGGCCGGCCGCCCGAUGGGUUUUGUAGUUCCUCCCUCCAGCAGGGGAACGCAGGUGUGUUUUUGUUUGUUUGUUUGUUGGUUGGUUUUCCCUCCGAAGCAGGUGACGUUUGAGCUGGUCGUCCUCGUCUUCCUCCCCAAGGAGCUCCCCCCCCCAAAAAAAAUCACAAAGGGGUCCCUGGAGGUUGUGAUGGAGAACUACGAGCUGGUCACUUCACUGGGCUAUCCGGUUCUCAAACCCGAUCUCCUGUCUCGGAUCGAGCGGGUCGGAGAGCAGUGCCUCGGGGACCAGCUGGAGUCGAGCCGAGGGAUCCCGACCGAUCCGUGUGCAGGCUACCGUUUCUUCAAACCCGAGAGCCUUUCGUGGAUCGAACGCUGGGAGGAACUCGGGGUGACCGACCGUCAGAAGCUGGAGGAAGGCAAGUUGUGCGCAGGCGCCUGCCAAGCCGCUGGACGCAGCAAAGCCAUCAAGGAAGAAGAGGGCGGCCAGAAGGGCUUUGUGGCCAGCUUGGAACGUUACCAGCUUUUCCCCGAGAGUUCCCGGGCGGGGCUCUUCCUAGCCCCCAAUGCCGGUCAACUGAGAACCCAGACCCGGGUCAAGAAAGAGGAAACGGCCUCCUGCGAGCCCAGUCUCGGCGGCCCCGGGCGCCCCUCCCAGGGCCUGGGCUCCGGCCCCUUCACCUGCGUGGUGUGCGGCAAGUGCUUCCGACAGAAGCAGGGGCUGAUCACCCACGGGCGCAUCCACACCGGCGAGAAGCCCUACCCCUGCCUGGAGUGCGGCAAGCGAUUCCGCCAGCGCCCCAACCUGCUGACCCACCAGCGGGUCCACACCGGCGAGCGCCCCUUCCCCUGCCUGCGCUGCGGCAAGCGCUUCAGCCAGAAGGCCAACCUGGCGGCCCACCAGCGCACCCACGCGGUGCAGGAGGGGCUGAUCGCUCCCGAGCCCAAGGUGCCGGCGCCGCGGGGCAGCCGCUCCACCGAGAAGCCCUUCCCCUGCAGCGUCUGCGGCAAGAGCUUCAGCCAGCGGCCAAACCUCAUCACCCACCAGCGCAUCCACACCGGCGAGAAGCCCUUCCCCUGCACCGAGUGCGGCAAGCGGUUCAACCAGCGGGCCAACCUCAUCACCCACCGGCGCAUCCACUCGGGGGAGCGCCCCUUCCCCUGCGCCACCUGCGGGCGUCGCUUUAGCCAGAAGGGCAACCUCGCGGCCCACCAGCGCACCCACUCCCAGCAGCGGCCCCACGCCUGCUCCUGCUGCCCCAAACGCUUCAAGGGCGAGUCGGCGCUGCGUGCGCACCAGCGUACCCAUCGGCAGGUGCUGGGCCCCGAUCCACUGACUAGCACUCUCCUGGCUGCCCCUGCCCUCCAACAAGCCCUCCCGGGGGACCCUGCGUCGGCCGCCCAGCGGGCCACGCCGGUCCCCCGCCCGGAUCUGCCUGGAGACCCCUCUCCCAGUGUCCACCGACCGGCCCCCUCCGGGCAACAUGGGGCCCCUCAUGGGCAGAGUCUUCCCGCGGACCCGGCCCCUGGCCCGCACACGGCCGGCCCCUCGGGGCACCUCCAAGGGGUGUCCCCCAACUCGGAGCAGGGCCCGAAGCUGAGCGCCCCGCCGGCCGUUCUGGAUCCCCACUUAGAGAUGCUGCAUUGCCAACGCCGGCUGGGCCUACCGAUGCUCCCCACCUCCAGCGCCCACUCGGGAAUGCCCAUGGGGCAGUCCCCUCCCGUCACCUCCAAGCCCAAGGGGUUGUCUGCCACCCCGCGGCCCACCGCCACCGUGGAAGCCCCGAGCGAGAUGCUCCACUGCCUCUGCCACGCCGGCAGAGCCUCGUUGGUCAUUCCGCACCCACCACAUCUGGGGCAGCUGCAGCCCAGCAACAGAGACGCCCCCGGCCGCGCCUGGCUGGGCCUCCCCUGCCCGACUCGCACCCUUCAGCUUCAGCAGAGCGGGCAGCCGCAUCCAGCCGCCCCUAACCCCAGACUAUGUUCGAUUCCCGAUUCUUUGCGGUAACUUCCCUGCGUUGUGCGAGCACAGAUUGGCUGGGGCUGGACUCCCCUCGGAUCCCCAACCCCCCGUGGGGCAGACCACGGGGUUUAUGCAUGUAUCCUGGACCGUGACGCCCCUGUCUGCCCCCUCCUGUUCUAGGGACACAAACUGAGCCUCUUUGGACCCGGCCAAGACUCUUUCCGUCUCAAGAGGCAACCCAUCCUUCCGGCAAGGGCACUCUCCCCCCCCCCCCAAAGUGGCACAUGGCCGGAGGACGCAAGCCGUGCCCACCUCCUUAUUUUACCCCCGCGCCCUUUGUAACUCCCUGGACGCCACUUGUCUACUCCCCAACAGCGGAAGGGAAGAACGAGAACUCGGCGGCAGUGCAAAGAGGGUGACCUUGCCCAUCCGUGUAGACGAAAACUUGACUGACGGCGGUACCCCCCUCCAUAAACCCUGGUUGUGGACCCGGGUACGGCUCCCCGUACACCCUUCAAAGAUGGGUCUGGUCUGGCUUGCCUCUGCCUGCCAUCACGGCUUUGCAAAGCCAUCUUGUAGACUCCGGAGAGCCCGUUGCUUUCCUCCAUGCGGGAAAAAUCGAAACAACUCGUUCGAGAAAUGGGACCAUCGGCAUCGCCGUUACGCAAACCGGAUGGUUGAACUCUUGCCAGCAAGCGAGUGCCGGCUUCGUGCCAAGGGGAACAGGCCUGCUGUCGGGCUCCCUGUAAAUCCAUCGGGGGUGAUUGACAGGACUUUUGGACUUUUCUGGGGAGGGAGGGAUUUGGGGAAAAAGACUUUGGGAAGGGAGACAGCUGGAUCCCCUGUCCUGCCUGGCACUCAACUCCGAGAGUUUUUGAAUCCCAAGCAAAGCCACGUUCUCCCUCCAGCUUAGCCCUGCAGGGGGGGGUACAAUGUGGGGCUGCCUUCGGGGUGUGUGUGUGUGUGUGUUCAAAGGCAGAAGGAACCACUACUCUCCUCCAGCCACUGGAUUAGCAAGGUCUGACGCUCGCAGAGGGCCCGACACCAAAGAGGUUGGAUUGUGCUGGGGCUGGAAGACAGAGGUGUGUGUGUGUGGGGGUCCUCGCACAAAAGGGGGUGGGCAGAACGAAGCAGAAGCACUUUAGAAUGACCCGUUGGCGCCUGGACUCCCCAACCACGGGGCACCCACGAGGCCGGGUCUCUGCCCUGGCACGGGACCGCCCGUCUUACUCUGCCGGAAGAACGUGUGUGUGUGUGUGUGUGAGAGAGAGGGGAUCUGUGCCUUAAGCUGGGGGGGGGCCUUCCUGGAAGGAAAGGGGAGGGAGGGAAGGUGGAUGCUAAGAUGGUCCACCACACAAGGGCUGCGGGUCGUGGCUUAGGAUGGAGAGGAAGGAAGCAGAGAAAUGGGGAGAAAAAAUAAAAAAACUCUGGUCUUCGAAGGGCGAAGCCGCCGAGGUUGAUGGGGGGGCGGCGGUGAGAGCUUCCCCCUUCCCCUGGCCCAGCGUCUCUGGCAUAUCUGACGCCCGUUGAGCUAGGCUGAUGUCGGGCAGACGUGGCACGGAUUCUAUCCGGGGUCUUACGACGAAGGGUGCGGCUGAGCGCGUAAACGACGCGAGAAGGGAGGACCCGUUUCUUAGUUUUGUGCAGAUGGGGUGGGGGGCCCCGGACAUUUGAUUGGCACACGGCAGCUGUUCGUACGCUGCUGGGCGGGCGGGGAGGGGGGUGCCCUCCCUCCCGCCGGCAGCUUUGCUAGCCCUCCAGCCGUUUGCUUCCUUUGCCUGGGGACUCUUUCCCUGUAUGUGUGUGUAUGGUGUGUAUGUGUGUGUGUGUAUUUGUCUAAGUAGGGCCUUGCCCGGCGUUGCACAGCCCUCCGGAAGUUAGAAAAUCCUUUUUUUAAAAAAAAAAAAACCAGGGCUGUGAGUCAGGAGCUGAGAGGCCCAGCACCACCUCCAUCUGGGUCUCGGGGCCCAAAGGGGGUCCCCGUUUUUGGAAAAAGUUGCGACUUCUAUUUGUUGAGUUGCCGUGCUCGGAAAACGGCUGUCAGAUAGGGUUGAGUUGGCCCGUCGGCCCGACUCUGGCUAGGGCAGGAUACAAGCAUUGCCCCCCCACCUUCCCUGCCAAUUGUUGGGUGGUCCUUGAAUUCUGACCUCGGUUUUCCCUCCCUCAGUGUCGACGGCAAAAGGGAGCGAGCGACAGAGUUGGGGAACGGUUGAGCUCUGCGACCAGGCUAGAGGUUCCCGCUAGAGGAGAGGUCCCCGACCUGCAAUCUUCUGGACCAGUAGCCUGGCAGAAAGCGGUCCGUGCAAGCGAGCGGAGCCCCGUCCGCACGCGCACGCGUGGGAUGCGGGCAGCACGCAAAACUACACCCACCCUGCGGAAGACCCGCUCUCCGCAGAACGGCUCUGCGCUUCCCAAAACGUUGGAGUCCCGCUACGCUAGAGAGACCCAGCUGCCUGCUCCCCUUUUAUUCCUCGGGGUGCCGGGAGGGCAGCUUUGGCCGUGAGAGAUAACGGCUUUGUAGACACCCCCCCCUUUAUCGUCGUUUCGGCCACCUCUGGGGCCGAGCGUGGUUGCGUCCGUGCAGCGGCGGCGGGAUUGUGCGACGUUCUGUGAUUCCAGCAUGGUUUUUACCCUUCUAGAUAACGUUCCUCCUUCCAGAAUGCUGAGGCAGAUUGAAAAGGCAAAACAAUGUUGCAGCGAGAGAGAAAGAGAGAAAAAAUCUUAAUUUUUGGCUACUGGGGGGGCCUGCAUUUUUGUUCCGAUCAAAUACGGCCUCUCCGUGAAGAUGCUGCGGGAAACAACGGUGGCACGGUCCCGCAAUCCUGGCGGGGGUCUCUUGGAAAUUUGGUUGUUUCGCCCCCAGUGGGAGGAGAGCGUGGAUGUGAUGGAAGAGAUGUGUGAAAGGGGGGCGGUGGUCCUGGGCUCCCCCAGCCCUUUUCCUCCCUGUGGUACGGAUUGACGCCUUCGCGGAGGUGCUUCACCAGCCCUCUUAACCGUGGCCAGCUAAAACCACCAUGGCUGCGCCCCCUCCCCGAAGGAUCCUCGUGGGUUCAGAGGGUCUUCUUUGUGGCUCAAGCAGGAUGCUUAACAAAAGCCGCACGGGGCUCCGCGAGGUCAUCCAGACGCAGGCGGCAAGGCCUUUUCCCAUCCCGAAAGAGCAAGGUUGCCGUUUAUAGAGGCGGCACACACACUGGGUGCCAGCGGCAGGACGGGUCCCUUUGGUCGUUUGGCGAGACGAGGCUGGCAGGGUUGGGGAGGGGAGGGGGGGUCAGAGGUCAGCCGGGCGGGCAGGCAGAAGUCUCCCUGCGUCGCCGCCAGGAUCCGACCAGUUGGCUAAUGGACAUCUUCGUUCUCCUGCUGGAUCCGGCCUCCGGAGCAGCGGGUCAAUUGCUUGCGCUCCGAGCAUGCUGCGGUCGCCAUUUGUUGUCUGUACCCCGCUCGUCUUCCAGCAUUUAGGGGUGUCGACCCCCCUGUGCAUGGCGGUUUCCCCCCCCUCCCACCAGCGACAUCUUUCACCUUUGGAGAAGUGCACAACAGUUGUCGCAUCGACCUCGCUCGUCCGCGCAGGACCUUCUCGGUGCAUCGAGAUUGGGCUCGGCGUUCAGGAUCCCGCUCAAGAAUUGGGGAGGUGGAGAGGGUCUUCCCUCCUUACCCACCCCCCCACCCUCUUCCCCCCCCCACUGGGACCGUUCACGGCUCGAAGAUGAGUUUCUUUUGUGGGGGGGUGUUUUUGGUCGGGGGGGUCCCUGCGAGCUGCAGAUGGAAAGAGAUGGUCAAGUGGACACGAGACGAGACCGCUGUCCACCCCGCCCCACCCUUGGAGGCUUUCCCCCCCCAUCACCUCCCCCUCCCCGUGCUUGCAUCCCCAGCUUCCAAAAGACCCCUCGCCGGACACUUCACCCCCAUUCAACCAGACGGGGCCCGUGGGACCCAAUCCCAGAUGUAUUAUUAUAAUUAUAACAACAAUAACGACGAUAAUUAUGCCUCUUUAUUUUCUGAGCUAUGUUUAUUUGCAAUAAAGGCUUUCUUACAGUUG